UCAGGGGUCUUGCAGCCUCAUAGGAUAAUCAGGAAUGAAUGCAAACUCCUCCUACAAGCAUUAACCAGUGCUCUGCUGGACACUGAUAGAAGUCACAAGACUGCUCUAACUGCUGAUGAGAAAAGGUAUUUAGCAGUUUAUAUUUACUAAAAUAAGUCCACUUCCAUGUUCUGUGUACUUUGGGAGACCAAAUAUAGUAGAUGCAGGGUCCUGGGUUUAGUACCACUUUAAUUUUAAGUCUAUUUGGAAAUGCGUGUAGCA